GAUCCCGCCAGUCCGGGCUCGAAGGCCACAGCGUGCGGCGGUCCAUACUUUCAACUUCCUACGAACUCCAACUAUUCUCACACCGGUCCUUUUUACACUCAGUGCAUCCCAGCUCCGGCAGCAUCCCAUAACACUCACAUCCUCCGGGUACGAAGACGAAUGUGCGGCUUUAUCAGGUCCGAAGCGUGCCCGCCACUUCUUUGAAUCUUUUCAAUUCGCCAAUCUUCCUUUCCCUCAUCUGUGUUUUCUAAGUGUCGUCGAUCGGAUUACUCGCAACAGGUUGACAGGUAAUAAAAUCGAAGCUUUGACCGCACUCCUUUCGAAUUUAAAAGCACACCACCCGAUCGAAAUCGAAAAUAUCAAAAAAAAAUAUAAAAACCUUUUUAUAUAUAUAUCCGUGUUCCGGUUUAUAAUUGACGUGUUGUUCCUUUAAGUACAAAGUUGAAUUUAUAUUUUUACACCGUAAUCGUAAGUCAUAUUUUGAUUUUGGCGUUUUGAAAGGCAUAGACGGCGAGUCGUGUCCAAGAAUUUAUCGACAAUCAUUGAUAGAUAAUCGUAAGAUUUUAGGGUAAUCGUGUGAUAUAGAUUGCUGGAUAAUCGUUAGGUUUAGAUUCCUUUGUAUAUUGGUAGAUUUUUGGGUCGUUUUCGUCGACCCUCAGCGCGCUAUUUCAGUUCCUCCUGAAUUGUAGUGAACGCGCUUUUUUUACACCGUCCUUAAUAUCAAUAUUUUAUGCAUGCGUAGCUUUCUGCCCCCUCAAUCAGGCCCUGUGCAAUAUUUUUCGAUCAAAGCUGCUCGUGACACUUUGUUGAUGUUGACCGUUUGAAUCGGACAUUUCUUAACAUUUAAGUGUAUAUACAUAAUUUAAUUGAUAAGACUUCCGAAAAAAACCAUCAAGUUCAAUCGUUUCCUACGUGUAUCAAUUAACUGUAUCCCAAACAUAUCUUCAAUAAGAGAAUAAAGACGAGAGGUUGUUUGCAUAAUCGAGGUUGUAGAAACGUAAGAGGCGAAUCCCCAGGUGUAAAAAAAAUAUCUCUGAUAAUCUGACAUAUCCGUAGACUAAUUGACUAAAUAUAGUUUAUAUUUUAUCUAACUUUAAGGUGGCAAAUAAGAGAUUGCUCAGUUAUAAAUAAUCCAAAUAUUUACGAGAGAUCAAUAUUGAUAUUAAGUAAGGUUAAGUAAGAGUUAACAAAGCUGUUCAAACGGAGACAAUCGUGCAAUAAAGCAAAUGAUACCAAAAAUCUACUGAUAGAAACGCGACGACUAUCAAGAAGAGUGAGCGUGAACGUAGUCAGUUUAACGCGAGUGCAACAUUGAACGCAACGAGUUGCGUUCAUUCGGUCGCGGCGUUCGAACGCAUCAACAAUCACGACGUACUUUCUGAACACCCCCCCUGGCCAAAUCCCCUACGUAGUGCCCCUGUGUCCCGUCGUGCCCUGCCCUGAGAUAUCUGUCCCGCAAGCAGCCUACCCCCCGUCCCAAGCGCCUUGUCCUUGCGGCCAAUGCGCCCCUCAUAUGUACACUAACCAUCACGUGGCAGCACCGAGUACUUUGAUCGUGAACAGAUUCACCGAAAUCAACUACUUUGACAACCCGCCACUGGCAGCCCCCGUGCCUGAUAAAUACAACUACGAUAUGAGAGGAAGUGACGAACUUCUGUCACAAACAACUGUGUCAGUUAUGGCUCCAUCUGCGCCACAUGCUGAUAACAACAACCAAGAGAAUGCUAAAAAGGCCAAGCUCGAACAAAAUGUAGGCAAACCGUCACGGGUCAUUCACAUAAGGAACAUACCCAACGAUGUGACGGAAGCUGAAAUCAUCCAUCUGGGCAUACCCUUCGGAAGGGUCACCAACGUUUUGGUACUCAAAGGCAAGAACCAGGCAUUCUUGGAGAUGGGAGAUGAGCUGUCAGCCACAUCGAUGGUCAACUACUUCUCAAGCUGCAUGGCACAGUUGAGAGGCAGGGCGGUCUAUGUUCAGUACUCCAACCACAAAGAAUUGAAGACGGACCAGACUCAUUCCAAUGCGAAUGCGUCAGCCCAGGCAGCUCUUCAAGCAGCUCAAGCCCUAACUGGCACCCAAAACUCGGUAAACACAACUCCUACUCCCGUAACUAAUGGCCAGGAUAUACAGGGAGGACCUAAUACAGUAUUGAGAGUCAUAAUCGAGCAUAUGAUCUAUCCUAUUAGUUUGGAUAUUUUACAUUUGAUAUUCCAGAGGUUCGGAAAAGUACUCAAAAUCGUGACAUUCACGAAAAACAAUUCAUUCCAAGCACUCAUACAAUAUCCAGAUACACAAUCAGCUCAGGCAGCUAAACAGGCACUUGAUGGACAAAAUAUCUAUAACAGUUGCUGUACUCUUCGUAUUGACUACUCAAAAAUGUCUUCAUUGAACGUGAAGUACAACAACGACAAGUCCAGGGAUUACACAAAUCCUAACCUUCCAACGGGAGAUACAAAUGAUCAACUAGCAUUAACGGGAGGUCUACCUGCUGGUUUAGGGACAGACAUUUUACUCCUAGCCACUCAACCCAAACUGGCCAGGGAAAGACUGACAGGUGAGUACUCCAUUUUGGCUGGUACUCCUGGAGUACUGAGUAAUCCGUUCAUGCACACCUUGGCAUCCCCAUUGGCAGCACCUUAUGGCGGGGGAGUAGCUGGUGCAUUGCCUGGCUUGGGUGGAUUUGCAUUAGGACAGAUGGCACCUGGUUUAAGAGGUCUUACUACUCCUGGACUUGCAUUAGCAACAGUUCUGCUAGUCAGUAACCUGAACGAGGAGAUGGUCACGCCUGACGCUCUCUUUACACUAUUUGGUGUCUACGGCGAUGUACAAAGGGUGAAGAUUCUUUAUAAUAAGAAAGAUUCAGCACUAGUUCAAUUAGCAGAACCACAUCAAGCACAUUUAGCCAUAACGCACAUGGACAAGCUCAAAGUAUUUGGCAAAAAUAUUCGAGUAAUGUUGAGUAAACAUCAAUCGGUACAGAUGCCUAAAGAAGGUCAACCUGAUGCAGGUCUAACAAAAGAUUAUACUCAAAGUCCGUUGCAUAGAUUCAAGAAACCUGGAUCCAAGAAUUACCAGAAUAUAUAUCCUCCAUCUGCGACAUUACAUCUCAGUAAUAUUCCUGCAACAAUCAAUGAAGAGGACAUCAAGGAGGCUUUCACGAAGAAUGGUUUCACAGUAAAGGCCUUCAAAUUUUUCCCCAAAGACAAGAAAAUGGCAUUGAUCCAACUGCCAAGUAUGGAAGAAGCAGUGAUAGCAUUGAUAAAAAUGCACAACUACCAAUUGUCAGAGUCGAAUCAUUUGAGGGUAUCGUUUUCUAAAUCGAGCAUAUAAUGCCGUUUAUGAGCUAUACAGUAUUCAUUCCAUGCCCAGAUUCCUGUUGAAGGGAAAGAGGCGUAUUUGUGGUAGCUAAAUAUGUCAUACGCGCUUAUUUAUUUUUAAUAAUUAUUGUUAGUAUAUGUUCCGGCUGUCUGACAGAUUGCUUUUCAGUAUCAAAUUCAAUGAUCAGUUUGUAUUCGUAUUUUUUGUAUGUUAUAAUAUAUUUCAAUUAUUUUUGAAUUUUUUGUCUUAAGACUAGAUUAAUAAAUAUUGUUUGUGAAAAUGCAUCUUAAAGAUGUUUUCCUUUUAAAUAGUACUGCUUCUUUUUUAAACAAUUUAUUGAUAUUCUCAUUACAAUUCGUUCAGUAUUUUUUUAUUGAAUGGCUUUAAUAUUUAAGGAACGUUGAAAAUUAAAUAUUACGGAUCAACUCGCCACAAUGUUAUUUUUUGUAAGUUUAUAGGAAGUGUUAUAACUACAUGUUAUAUUAAAGGCACGUAUGUAAAGGUCGCUCAUAGCUUGCACAGGGGGAAGUGGUCUAGUAAACUGUUUCUUCUCUCUCGUUUUUCUACUCAUUAUAUUCAAUUAUUUCGAUGAAUUUGAAUUAACCACAGGCUGUUAUAUAUACCUUAAGUAAUCUCAGUUCCCCCUGUAGCGUGGACGUACCUGUUAUAUAGUAUUAUAUGGUUAGUAUUGUUAGAAAUGACGGAAGAAGAAAUUAAUACUAAGUUAGUGUAUUUGAUAGACCUAUAGCCAGUGAUUAGUCUAGGAUAACGACAGGGUGUAGCUGUACCCUAGAAAUAUGGACGAUUUCCCUUAUCUCAUAUUGUCUGGGAGUGACUCGUAUUCUCUUUUCUUUUCAGGCAGAGUUAAACGGUUUUCGACUUUACCUGAAUGCUCUUUCCUGUAUAUUAAUUUCGAAGUCGCAUAACUGUUAUAAAAUAACAUUAACAGGUUAAGCCUUCUUUCCUUUUCUUCCUCACUCAAAUUCUGUUCUGUUGGUCUGCCACUUUCAAGUUUUUGAAAAAUAAAAAACAAAAUGACUUGACUCAAUCUUAUUGAGCAGCAUAACAAUUUUUUCAUAUGAGGUUGAAAUUUAUUUCCUAUUGAAAAUAAAAACGUUAAACUUUAACCUCAUCUUAAAAAAAGGUGAAUGUGAAUUCACACUUAUCAUUGGUAGCCUACUUCUUUCAAAUCUUGAAUUGUAAAAUACGGCCUGUAAUAUGAAUCGAAUUUAUAUUGUUGAUGUGAAGAAAGAAGAAUAUAAACAUAUAUUUUUGAAAUUUUAAUUGAUAUUGAUACUAGAAAAAGUUACUAAAUAUGUUAUGCGACUUCGUCUACAUUAUACAAUAAUAUGUAAUUAAUAUAUAUUUCUCUAUCUAUAUACUACUAUACUCUGACAAUCAUAAAAUCAUACUAUUGCAAAUUGCUGAAAGAGGAAGCGUGAUCUGACUUUCGGAAUCUCUAAUUAGAAUAUUGAACAAUACUUGCAGCACAAGGAUUGAAGGCAUUUUGCUAAAUCUCGAAGUCAAUAUCUAUGAUAAAAUCAUGUAAUUGUAAAUGUGUUUCGGAGAUCUAUUUUUUUAAAAAUUAUUUGUCAUUUCAUUAUGCGCACAAGGUGUCUUUCAUAUUUAUAUCCCAGUCUUACUUCUUCAUUUCAUUUCUGUUUUCUUAUUCAAUGCAGCUCUUAUUCGUCAGGAACAAAUUAGAUGGUAAUAAUACUUUUCCAUAAAUUAAUGUUAUUGGUUUUUUUAACUAUUGAUGACUUACAUCUAUGUUUGUUCCUCAUUGAAUUUGCCAACUAUCUUUUAUAAUUUACUUCUACUGCUAUGUUAGUUAUUAGUUAGUUUAGUUCUUUUAUUUUCAGCUCCCCUUCUGCCAAUUCCUUCCAUUUUGAUUAAAUUUUUUCAUUCUAAUUUUGAGUUUUUUUUUAUUCUUCAAGUAUUUUCAGGGUGAUAAUAUUGAGAGUCAUCACAAAUAAUGAUUCUUUGGAGAAUUCAUGUGUAAAUAUUUGGUAAUAAAUUGACAAGGAUUUGAAAUUUGUAGUAGUGGGACAGGCUCAAUUAUGUAAAUAUUCAAUAUUAUCUGCAUUUACUCCAUUUACUUUAUAAUAUGUAUUUGAUUGACAAAAGAUUAAUUGUCACACACACAAUUUAGAAUCGGGAUUUCACAUUUUAGUUAUAGUAUGAAGUGAAAUGUAGAGUAUACUUAUUCAUUCAAUUGAAAAAAGGAUACUUGCUUAGAAAUUAAGACAAUCGCUACCAAUCUCACUACUAGAUUCAAACACUUGUUCAACUUUCAAGAAAUUUUCAUAUAUCAUAACAAUUAUUUUCAACAAAUUCUGCAUAUCGUCUCAAGUACUUGAAGAAUCAUUAUUGUGAGAUUUUUCAAUUGUGUGAUCGAUUUCUAAGCGUGAACUGGCACACGCAAAAUGAGCAAAAAAGCGCUAUGGCACAGUUGCCGGACCGUGGGAUCAACUUGAAACAAAUCAUGAAAACAAUAUCUAUAAAAAUUGCAUAAAAAGGCGUAUAUCUCUUGCAUAGCUACGUGUAUUUCUAGUCUCUUACUAUCUAUCUGCAUAUUACUUAUCCACUAUUCAAUUAGAUAAACUGAUUAGACUAAUGUAGAAUAAUAUAUCGACUAGCUUAAACUAUGGGCACAAUUUGAAUUAUUAAAAUAAACAAAUGUUAACUCUUUUUGCACGUCGCAAUCCUCAUAUAGAUGAUUUACAGAUUGAAAACGCGUUCUUGUGGUGGCCGUUUCAUAUCACAAAAUGAAAUAGACACUUUGAGAUAUGUAUUGUUCGAAAUAUUGAUUGUACAAAAUAAUUUGUUAUUUCUAAAAAUGUUUGUCCUUGAAUAAGUUAUAUUCUUUAUUUUAUUCUGUGAUAUAAUAGAAAAAAGAUCUAGUUGUUCUGUUUGGAAAUUUCCAUAUCAACUUCAGGUGCCAACUGUAAGUAUUAGAAUAAAAAACGGAAGAGUGAACGGCCAGUUCAUUUGAUAAAGUUGUGUUAGAAGAAUUCAAAUUUAACUUAAGUUGAAUUGAUGACAUCUAUAUCAUGUACUCAAAUACAUAUUAUAUCUAUAUCAAACUCAAUAUAUUAUUAUGAGAUUUUAGAUUUAUUCUUUGUGAUUUUACAAUAAAAUAUGAAGAGAGCCAC